UAUAAGAAAGUUUGAAUUUGAAAAAUUAUAAUUCGAAAACAUAAAAAAAAUAUUUUUUAUUUUUUAUUUACUUGAUAAUUAUUUAUUAUAUAUAUGGAGUAAUGGUAUAAGAAUCUUUUUUCCUCUUAUAAAGAAUGUAUUUUUGAAAAUAUAUUUUAUUAAUGGUAAAAAUGAAUAAUAGUACCAAUAGUGGUAAACAUGCAGAUCCCCCAUAUUUAAUAGGUAAUACCAUAGAAGUCCUUUUUGUAGUCCUUACCAUUCAUGUUUUCGGUUCGGGUGUGCGUCUAUAAAAGGGACUACAAAAAUGACUUCUAUGGUAUUACCUAUUAAAUAUCGGGGAUCAGCAUAAAGUUUUAGGUAUGUGUAUUUCGGGUAGACAAGUUUUAGACAUAUAUAUACAUAUAGAUUUUAGACAUAUAUAUACAUAUAGAUUUUUGGGAUCUUCAUAAAGUUUUGUAUAUAUAUAUGUAUAUAUAUGGUAUGUAUAUUUCGGGUAGACAAGUUUUAGACAUAUAUAUACAUAUAGAUUUUUGGUUCGGCUUUCGAUAGAUUCUUGUAUGUUCUGGAUCAGUUUUGUUCUGAAUGUUUAAUAUGUACCAACAAAGAACCAAAUUUUUUGAAAACUUUAGUCAUUUUUUUACUUGAAAUUCAAAUUUUAUAUCUGAAUUUUUUAUGAUAAAUUUAAUAGAAUAGCACUAAAAACUUAUAUCAUAAAUAUAGUACACAAAAGUCAAAAUAAUCAAAAUGUUUUAUUAAAAAUGUAAAAAAUAUUUAUACCCCUAAAAUUAGGGUUUAGAUUUGAGAGGUGAGAUUUUAAGGAUAGGUGAGGUUUAUGAUUCAAAAAUAAAAAAAUUAAUACUUAAAAUUUAAAAUUAUAAACAAUAGUUUCAAAAUGAUUUUUUGGAUUUCAAAAUAUAAUUUUGAAUUUUUUUUUAUUUUUUUUUUAAAAAGUUUGAAUUGAGAAAUGUAUAUGUCGAAAAUAUUUAUUUAAAUAAUUAUUUAUUUUAUAUAUCUAUAAAGUAAAUGUUGAAAUGUCUUAUAUUUUUUAAUAAAACAUAUUUUGGUAAUUUUCUUUCUUGGAUACUAUUUUGGUCAAAAAAUCAUUUUAGGUAGAGUUGCCUAUUUUUUACGUGUAGUGUAAUUUGAAUGUAAAGAGAAAUUUUUUUAAGAUUCAUAAAUUUGUAGAUCAAUACCAAAUUAGAUUAUAAAAUAUAAUUGUACUUCUCUCAAUCACAUUAAAUGCAAAAUAAAGAAUAUGUCAUUCACUCAGAAGAGACAAAUAUAUUGUUUUGAUCUUGAUGAUAAAAUAUAAUUUUACUUUUUUUGUUGGAUCGGGGAAAAAAGGUAAUUAGAUAGUAUUAUUUAUGUUAACAUAAAAUAUAAUUGAGCUGGAUAAAUAGAUAUGUAACCGUGAAUUUGGACCAAGGCUGGUUUAAACCAAUUAAUUGGUUAGGCGGUUUACCUAUUACACGACUACAUUUUUUCAAUUCUCGGAACAACACCAUCGGUUAAGAAUCCUUUUGGGUUUUUUUAAAUGGCAAAAUAUUCAUUUUUAAUACUCCCUCCGCUCUUAAAAGUAGAAUUUUCUAGAUUUAUUUUUUGUUCCAAAAUAAUAUAUUUUUUAAAAUUCUAAAGUAUUUUUAGUAGUUAACGUUGAUAAGUUGUAUACUUUAAAAAAACGUUAAUUGAAAAUAUUUGAAUUGGUUAAACACUAUUGGUUGAUAGUUAUUAGAAAAUGUAUAAAGAAAUAAAUAAUAAAUUUAAUUGUAAAUAUUUAUUAUAUUUUUAAUAUGUGUGAAUACUCUAGAAUUUUUUUUCAGGAACAGAGGGAGUAAAAUUUAGAUAGUUAAUUAAUUCUAAUUUUUCUUUUUAAAGUCAGAUCAAUAAAGAGGAGGCAGUAUGAGUAGCUGAUGGAGUUCUUGAAAUACCUUAAUGAGAAACUUGUUUCACCUUUUCUAUUUUCUUUAUUUUAAUCUCUAGAAACUGUGUUAAAGCCUCACUUGUGAACGAAGAGGGAUUAUAAUGGUGAAGAGGUAAACUUUAUUUCUCUUAAACUCUCUUACAUUGAAACUACGAUAGCCAACUGGCCAAGGGAACCCCACGACAUCCUGAAGAAGACAAGCAAAAAAAUUGCAACUCACGAUGGAGUCAAGAUGAAGGUGGAGAGUUUUUGUGUGAUGUUUGGGUGGCAAGAUUACAAAGACCUUUGGAGAUAGCAAUAACGGUUGGAUGAACAAACGUUGCGCUUGCUUAGAGGGAGACCAACUUGAUCAAUCUGGUUUGGAGGUCUAUAAAGAGACUGAACCACUUUCCAAGACUUUCAAAGUUUGAGUUUGAUCACGUACGAGACGUAGGCUUAACCAGCUUGCAAUAGCUAGUUUUUUUCCUUGAGCAUUGAAUUCAUGUAUAACAAAUAGUUAAUGAAAAAUUACCAAAAAUAUCACAUUCAUAAUAUCAUUUUUCAUGUUUACACUAACCACUUUGACAUUCACUUUUAAAGAGAAAAAACAGAAGUUGAACAAAAAAAGAGAAAAAAAAAACAUUUAUAUUUAUAGGGUUAACUAAUCUAGAGCGGUUUAGAGUUGAGAGCUGGAAUAAAUUUCUUAGAAUGUGAAACUUAGGAUUCUAAUAAAUAAAUAAAUAAAUAGUUAAAAAAAUUAUUAUUUUUUAAAAAAAAUUAGAAAAUAUUUUCAAAAAUAAUUUUCAAAUUUCAAAAAGAAAUUAUGAAAAAAUAAUUUCGAAAAAAAUUAUAAGAAAGUUUGAAUUUGAAAAAUUAUAAUUCGAAAACAUAAAAAAAUAUUUUUUAUUUACUUGAUAAUUAUUUAUUAUAUAUAUGGAGUAAUGGUAUAAGAGUCUUUUUUCCUCUUAUAAAGAAUGUAUUUUUGAAAAUAUAUUUUAUUAAUGGUAAAAAUGAAUAAUAGUACCAAUAGUGGUAAACAUGCAGAUCCCCCAUAUUUAAUAGGUAAUACCCAUGUUCGAAAACGCGGCGAGUUGAGCCGAUUUCUCGGCGUUUAAGCGCUCCACGGAGCUUGGCCGUAGCGUUUAUACCUUAUUCGGAUUAAAAAUCGGACCAAAAAAAUUCUGGGUUUUUCUUGUUUGAAAUCGAUAAUUUCAUCAUGAAUCUGUGACAUUUUGUUAUUAAUAACAAAGAAACAAAGGUCAAGUGACUCAAAUCAUCAAGAAAAUUGAAGAAAUAAGUUAAAAAAAAACUCUGUUGCGGCUGGGAUUAGAGCUGCAGCCUUGUAGGUCAAAGGAGGAAGAUGAAAUACAAAAUUACAUUUUUACCCCUCAUUUAAAAAACGACAAAAAAUCAAUUAAAAUCACCAGUUUUGGGCAUUGAACUCUGAAUUCUUGACUUACCACAACCCAAAAACCACCAGGCUACAACGAUAACUUUGCUUGUUUAUUGAAAUAUAUUAUAUAUAACUCAAAAUAUAUUUAAUAUAUUCACAAAAUAUACUAUAGCUUUAAAAAAAUCCCCGAGUACUCCCCGAUUUUUUUCCGAUUUAAUGUUAACUCGCUAGGCCCGGUCGGUCCGUACGCGUUGCGCCUAGCGAAUUUUUGAACAUGGUAAUACCAUAGAAGUCCUUUUUGUAGUCCUUACCAUUCAUGUUUUCGGUUCGGGUGUGCGUCUAUAAAAGGGACUACAAAAAUGACUUCUAUGGUAUUACCUAUUAAAUAUCGGGGAUCAGCAUAAAGUUUUAGGUAUUUGUAUUUCGGGUAGACAAGUUUUAGACAUAUAUAUACAUAUAGAUUUUAGACAUAUAUAUACAUAUAGAUUUUUGGGAUCUUCAUAAAGUUUUGUAUAUAUAUAUGUAUAUAUAUGGUAUGUAUAUUUCGGGUAGACAAGUUUUAGACAUAUAUAUACAUAUAGAUUUUUGGUUCGGCUUUCGAUAGAUUCUUGUAUGUUCUGGAUCAGUUUUGUUCUGAAUGUUUAAUAUGUACCAACAAAGAACCAAUUUUUUUGAAAACUUUAGUCAUUUUUUUACUUGAAAUUCAAAUUUUAUAUCUGAAUUUUUUAUGAUAAAUUUAAUAGAAUAGCACUAAAAACUUAUAUCAUAAAUAUAGUACACAAAAGUCAAAAUAAUCAAAAUGUUUUAUUAAAAAUGUAAAAAAUAUUUAUACCCCUAAAAUUAGGGUUUAGAUUUGAGAGGUGAGAUUUUAAGGAUAUGUGAGGUUUAUGAUUCAAAAAUAAAAAAUUAAUACUUAAAAUUUAAAAUUAUAAACAAUAGUUUCAAAAUGAUUUUUUGGAUUUCAAAAUAUAAUUUUGAAUUUUUUUUUUUUUUAAAAAGUUUGAAUUGAAAAAUGUAUAUGUCGAAAAUAUUUAUUUAAAUAAUUAUUUAUUUUAUAUAUCUAUAAAGUAAAUGUUGAAGUGUCUUAUAUUUUUUAAUAAAACAUAUUUUGGUAAUUUUCUUUCUUGGAUACUAUUUUGGUCAAAAAAUCAUUUUAGGUAGAGUUGCCUAUUUUUUUAUGUGUAGUGUAAUUUGAAUGUACAGAGAAAUUUUUUUAAGAUUCAUAAAUUUGUAGAUCAAUACCAAAUUAGAUUAUAAAAUAUAAUUGUACUUCUCUCAAUCACAUUAAAUUUAAAAUAAAAAAUAUGUCAUUCACUCAGAAGAGACAAAUAUAUUGUUUUGAUCUUGAUGAUAAAAUAUAAUUUUACUUUUUUUGUUGGAUCGGGGAAAAAAGGUAAUUAGAUAGUAUUAUUUAUGUUAACAUAAAAUAUAAUUGAGCUGGAUAAAUAGAUAUGUAACCGUGAAUUUGGACCAAGGCUGGUUUAAACCAAUUAAUUGGUUAGGCGGUUUACCUAUUACACGACUACAUUUUUUCAAUUCUCGGAACAACACCAUCGGUUAAGAAUCCUUUUGGGUUUUUUAAAUGGCAAAAUAUUCAUUUUUAAUACUCCCUCCGUUCUUUAAAAGUAGAAUUUUCUAGAUUUAUUUUUUGUUCCAAAAUAAUAUAUUUUUUAAAAUUCUAAAGUAUUUUUAGUAGUUAACGUUGAUAAGUUGUAUACUUAAAAAAAAAACGUUAAUUGAAAAUAUUUGAAUUGGUUAAACACUAUUGGUUGAUAGUUAUUAGAAAAUGUAUAAAGAAAUAAAUAAUAAAUUUAAUUGUAAAUAUUUAUUAUAUUUUUAAUAUGUGUGAAUACUCUAGAAUUUUUUUUCCGGAACGGAGGGAGUAAAAUUUAGUUAGUUAAUUAAUUCUAAUUUUUCUUUUUAAAGUCAGAUCAAUAAAGAGGAGGCAGUAUGAGUAGCUGAUGGAGUUCUUGAAAUACCUUAAUGAGAAACUUGUUUCACCUUUUCUAUUUUCUUUAUUUUAAUCUCUAGAAACUGUGUUAAAGCCUCACUUGUGAACGAAGAGGGAUUAUAAUGGUGAAGAGGUAAACUUUAUUUCUUUUAAACUCUCUUACAUUGUUUUGAUACAAUACAAGUCUUUGUAUAGAGAUAUAAUUAGGUUUAGAUGUCUACGCGAGCUCAUCGCUUAGGGAUUGGAAUCUAUUUGCCGUUGUGAUAGUGUGAGCUGGAGCUGAGCUUGUUUUUGCUUUUACGGACGCCUGCAUUGCUUUCCUGUUACUGACUUUAUCCUUCUUGUUUUGUUCGCAGGUACUGCUUGAAGAGGAAGCACUUGCAGCUGUGUCGUUUUGCUCAAGUGAGCUUUUAGACCUCCAAGUCUGAGUGGGUUUGGGCUUCUUAUUAAUAGGCCCCUUCAAACUUUGCGUGGUAGGAAGGCACACGCCAAGUUUGCUUCGUAGACUUCGAAAGGGUUCUUGCCGGAGAGAUUUCGUAAACACAUCUGCGAUCUGAAGUUUGUUGGAGAUGUGUCAAACCUCAAUCGCUUUGAGAGCCACUUGUUCUCUGAUGCCAGCUUCGAUGACCGUUUUCAGAGUUUUGGGACUUCCAAAUCUGAGUGGGUUUGGGCUUCUCAUUAAUAACUUGGAGCUGCUCUAAAUAUUUGAAGGCUUUUAUGCGGUCAACGAUUUAUUCAACCGAAUUGGUGGUUUUCGCCAGGCUCACCCUCGGCCUAGCAAUUAUUGUCUGAUUAAUCGGCUAAGCCGACUAGUAUUAGAACAUGGCUUCCCAAUCAUCUUUAGCUAGUGUAGUUAGGCUAAACGGCAAAUAGUUUAAAACUCUACAUGUAUUUAGUUACACACUAUGCCGUUUUACCUUUGCGUAGACAGAUCGCGUGUCGGUGUGAAUGAUACAAUGGCGCUUCGUUGCUGACAAAAUUGGCGCUUGCUUCGUCAGGGUUUACCAAAAUUUUUGAAAACAAAACAUCUUUCACUAAAUCGUCAAUCGGAGAAUCAAGCCGCGAAAUCGUCACCGGAAAAAAAUGGUGUUUCUCUCUCGCAAAAAGCCUCCACCGCCUCCGCCAUCUUCCUCAUCUGCUCCGCCUCCGUCGUCUUCCUCAGCUGCUCCGCCUCCCAAAUUCCCCCGGCCGCAAAAGAAAUCCGCCGAUGAACCCGACGCGGUGGAGAAGAUGACUGCGAUUCUAGCGGAAGCUGGCUGCACACUGAACAACCCGUACGGUCCUCCAUGUCUCCCCUCCGAUCUCCACGCCUUCCGCCGCCAUCUCACGACUCGCUUUUCGUCUUGCUCCGCCAGUUCCGCCGAGAGAGAUAGCGUCAGUGAUCUCCGCUCAGUUUUCGUAGCUGGAUUCUCAUCGUACAUUCAAUCUCCGAGUAAUCUUCGUAGAGUACUUUCCUCUUCUUCAUCAACAAAGAGAGACGACUCAUUAGUCCGUAACCUCCUCCUUGUAUCCCCCAUCCAGCUUGAUCUACAAGAAACGCUUCUCGAGAAGCUUCCUGAGUACUUCGACGUCGUUUCGGGAUGUUCCCUUGAGGAGGAUGUUGCUCGCCUCAUCAUCAAGCAUUUCCGCUGGCUCGACUUCAUUGUUAAUCCCGAUGUGUUCACCGAUAAGCUGAUGGAAGUUCUAUCGAUCUCUCCUCCGCACUUGAAGAAGGAGAUCAUUGGAUCGUUGCCGGAGAUUAUUGGGGAUCACAUCUCUCGCGCUGUGGUUGAUUCUCUAGAGAAGAUGCUUCAGGAGGAUUCCUCUGUUGUUGUUCCAGUUCUUGAUUCUUUCUCUAACCUCAAUUUAGAUGAUCAAUUGCAAGAACAGGCGCUUACAGUAGCGAUAUCAUGUAUUAGAACAAUCGACGCAGAGCAUAUGCCGUAUCUACUUAGGUUCUUGCUUCUUGCUGCUACUCAAGCAAAUGUUAGAAGAAUAAUCUCUCAGAUACGCCAAAAGUUGAAGUUCACCGGAAUCUCACAACCUUGUGCUUCUCAAAACAAACUCAAAGGAAAAGUACCUGCGUAUAAUUCAGAAGGUUCUAUUCUCCAUGCUUUGAGAUCAAGCCUUCGGUUUAAGAAUAUACUCUGUCAAGAAAUCAUAAAGGAGCUGAAUGGUCUGGAGAAACCUCGAGAUUUCAAGGUAAUCGAUGUAUGGCUGCUUAUUCUCAUGUAUAUGAAUGGGGAUCCCAUCAGGAAGAGCAUCGAGAAGAUAUUUAAGAAGAAAGUGGUUGAUGGAUGCAUACAAGAAGCCUUGCUUGAUCAAUGUAUAUGUGGCAAUAAAGAGUUUGUGAAGGAUAACUUUGGAUCGUUUAUUUCUUUGGCUGAACACCUCUUGUCAAGCAAAGAAGAAAAAGCAAGGGAGUUUGGCUCGCAUAUCUAUACUCGUCUUUUUGAAGGGUUUGCUGACAAUUAUUCCAGACAAGAGAUACUAGGUGCCCUAGUGACACAUGUGGGAUCUGAUAACAAAUUUGAGGUCAGUUCAGUCCUAGAGAUGAUGACGGUUCUGGCGAAAAAAUAUGCACAGCAACUCCUUCCCUUUUCUUCUCACAUAAAUGGUAUUUUGGACUACUUGGAGGGAUUUAAUGUGGAAAAUUUGCAUAAGGUCUAUGAGGUUUUCAGUCUCCUCGCACUAUCAGCUCGUGCAAGUCCUGAUUCUUUUCGAUCUUCAAUUUCGAAUGAACUUAUGAUGAUAGUAAGGAAGCAGAUUAGUCAUCCAGAUCUCAAGUACCAAAAGAUGGGGUUAGUUGGAACUCUAAGGAUUGUUUCAUCACUUGGGGAUGCAACCAGUGUUCCGGACUGUUCAUCAUCUCAGGUUUCAGAUUGUGGGGAGAUUUUGGAGCUCUUAAAGACAUCUGUAGACUCUUGCAGACAGUCUAACUUAGCCCUAAUUAUUUUCUAUGAUGAGUUCGCUGCCAUUCUCAGCCAGAAACUACUUCAGCCAGAAAUUAUGGAGUGGAUCGGGAAGCAUCUGGGAGAAUUUGAGUCACUAUUUCUGGCCGAUCUUGAAAACGGAGAAAUGGCUAAUAAGAGUUCAUAUUCUGGACUAGAAGGGGAUCUUUGGAUGAACUUGGAUGGUAGUAUAUCACCAAUCUGUUUGAACAUUUUGGCCCUGGCAUCUUCAUCCUCAGAGUCUUGUUGUCUGCAGAUUCUUCCUUCAAAUUUUCUUUUGCUAUCAUCUGUUGAGAGAUUGACAAAUGGUGGAUCCCUUGCUGGAAUUGAUGCUCUGCUCGGAUGCCCUUUGCACCUUCCUUCUUCCAAGUACUUUGCCGCAGCUGGAUGGCAAUCUCUGACAACAAAGCAGAGAGAAAUCCUCUCUCUCUCUUUAUAUUAUGCUGCAAACUGGAUACGAGAACUCCUUAACGCCUUCAGUUCCCAAAUUGACAAAAGGGAUGGCUGCAUUAGUCAGGCUACAGAAAAGGAUGUGACAACAAAGCUUCUGAUGCGACUCAGAAAUCUAAUAUUAUUGGAAAGCUUAUUGAGCAAUUUGAUUACGCUAUCUCCUCAGUCUCUACCGGAGCUCCACCCUUAUUCAGCCACAAGCCAACAUACUGACCAUCCAGAGAGGAAAACUGAGAAGAGGAAACUACAAGAUGAUGAUGCUUCCCAACGCAAGGGAAACAUGAAAAAUAAAUUGAAAAAAUCAAAGCAGUCAAGUGUUGAUGAACACUUGCGACAGCCAACUAUUUUGGACGCUUUCAAGAAAGCAGGAGUAGUUACAAGUCAAACACAGCUACAUGAAAAUCCUUCCCCAUCAUCGUUAGAUGGCAGGAUAGCGUCAGGGUCAAUGCAUGAAACUUGUUCUGGUGAUGAAUCUCUAAGUGUAAAGAUUCCUCAACUUUCCCCGGCCCUUGCAGCCCAAAGAUUCAAAUUCAGGCCUCUUCUUCCUCAAUGCCUUUCCAUCCUAAAAUUUCCAAAGGUGCAGAGCCAAAAUAUACGAAACCCUGAAUAUAAAGCUGAGCUACCCCUGUAUUUGUAUCUUUUACAAGAUCUUCAUACCAAGCUGGAUAGUCUUGUUCCUCCUGGUAAACUACUUCCUUUCAAACGUGGAAGCCCUCCAGGAUAUUUAGGGGGGUUCAAAUUGGUUGAACUUGUCAGUCAAAUAAAAGGACUUUUUCCAAGCCUCAGGAUGCAUUUGAAUACAGCAAUGUCCUUACUGAUAAAAGGUGAGGAAACUCCUCAAACUAUUUGGAGAGAUGAGUUUGCUAAGGCGGGAAAUCCGAACACAUCCAAUAUAGUAGUUUCUGAAUCUCUGAUUUACACAAUGGUGUGCAAAGAAGUUUUAUUCUGUUUCAGCAAGAUGUUGACCCUCCCUGGGUUCGAAACAGACAAAUCGCUGCUGCUGGAUCUUCUGGAAGCCUUCCAGCCUACCGACAUUCCAGUUGAUAGCUUCGCGGAUCUGCAACCUUUCCCUUCACCUGGAACAAAGGACUACUUGUUUAUUGGCGUCUAUUGUUUCUUUGAAGAUAUUUUAAACAACGCUUGUUCCUUCUCGUUUGAUCUGGCCUUCGAAUGUCUUCUAACUCUACAAUUAGUGGUGACCUCUGCACAAAAAUAUAUUGGUAAGGUAUCUGAAGAAGUUACUAAGAACAGAUAUGUCGGUCCCAUUCAGGGUCUUGUACCCAGCCUGCAUGCCAAACUGGGAACUUCUGCUGAGAAACUUCUCAGGCAUGAAUGGAUUGAUGAAACUACUGAUAACAAGGGUUUGAAGAACAAAGGUGAAAUGGUGCAGAACAUAUUGCGAAUAUACCUGGAAACCAGUGGAUCCACAUCUGAUUUGCUCGAUGAACUUGCUUGUACCAUUUUGCCUCAGGCCUCUCUAUCCAAGUCAACAGGAGAAGAGGAUGCUCAUGAUCAUGAAUUCCCUACACUAUGUUCAGCGACUUUCAGAGGAUGGUACAAGACAUUGCAUGAAGAAAAUCUCGCAAUUCUCAACAAACUGGUGAAGGUUGUUAGCUCAGAGAAACGGCAAAACUGUCAAUCUGAAGCUACCGAAGCACACUUAAGAGACAUUCAGAAGACUGUAAAUGUGAUAGUGUCUUUAGUCAACUUGUGUCGCUCGCAUGAUAAGGUUACAAUCCACGGAAUGGCUAUCAAGUAUGGUGGGAAGUAUGUGGACUCAUUUCUAAAAGUUUUUGAUUUCCUGGAAGCACAUAUUCAAGAUCAUAACGAAUUAGUCAUCCAGCUGGUCAAAGAUCUCCAAAAGGCUACAAGAACAUUACAGACUCUUUGUUCUGAAGCUAAGGGUAUGAAACAAACAGCCAUCACCAGCAAAAUACCAGCAACGAAGCGAUCUUUAGAGCGCUUUCUGUUUCACGUGAAGGCUCUUCUCCAUACAACAUCACGCGGCUCCAACUUCUGGAUGGGUAGCUUGAAACACAAGGACUUGAGAGGACAAAUAGUGAGUUCGCAGGCUUAUGUAGAUAACGAAACAGAUGAGGUAGAAGAAGAAACCAUGUCCGGAGGAGAAGAUCCCAUGGAAGCGGAUGAACUUCCCUCGUCACCUUAAGAUUGCUAAUAACUUAGUUUCUACGUUAAUCAUUUUUUUAUCUUCCUAAUUUCCGUAGCUCAGUGAGAUUGGAUCUAGAUGAACACAAAAAAAAACUUAUGUUUGUUUCUCACACUAUACUUAACACAUAUAUAGUUAUUUUUGUUUGUUUUUUUUAUCUAUAAGAAAAUUGCAUUACUUUUCCAAGUUA